AAAUCAAACGGGCUAACAUGAAGGAGUUAUGAAUUGACAAGCAUUGAGGGAGAGUGAGCCUUAGCCACACUUUCUAUUUUCUUUUGGAUAAAUAGCUACACACAAUUAGUUGAACGAGUGCAUGUGUAUUCAAUUAUUAUUCAUUGAUGAUGAUCAAACAGAGAAAACAUAUGGUGAACUGAUUUGAAACCGACAAAUAAAACCAAGGAAACAGUAAAACACAAACAUCCUUUGGAAACCAAUAUGUUUUCUAAGUGAGCAUAUGAAUGAAAUGGCAAAAAUAUGCUGCUUCAAUGGAACAUCCACUAAACUACCCUUACACUCUCACUCCCAGCUGCAGAAACAACACUGCUUAAACAGUAAAACACCCAAUAGCAGAAAGACUUGUGCAAUUUAUAACAUGGAAAAAGAAAAGAAAGAAACCUCCCAGGUAUUGAAGAUUGCUGUGAGCGGAGUUACGGAGCUCUUGAGGCUUUUCUCUCCUUCUCAACAACCAAGUGAUAUCGAGAAACAGAAUAAUGAAUUCCCAGUUUCAAGUGUUGAUGAUGUUCUGAUCAUCAUCAAGUCUGAUUAUGACAACUCUUACUUUGUCACAGGGAACUUCACUUCUUCAAUUUAUGCACAAAACUGUAUCUUUGAAGAUCCAACUAUUAAAUUUAGUGGUACGGAGUUAUAUGAGCGCAACUUGAAAUUGCUCGUUCCCUUCUUCGAUUGUGCGUCAAUUAGACUACUAAAGAUCGAAAAGGAUGUUGAGUCUGACACAAAAUUUUUGCGCGCAUAUUGGAAAUUGAGGACCAACUUAAAGCUUCCUUGGAGGCCUCUGAUAGCUAUUGAUGGAAACACUUGUUAUGAAUUAAAUGAAGAUUUCAAAGUCGGAAUUAAAAUGCAUCCAUAUUGUUAGGCAUGUCGAGAGUUGGAAUGUUUCUGCACUUGAAGCAGUUUUGCAGAUUUUCAAGUUUGGAAAAUCGGGUGGUUGAAUCUCAUGAUUCAUGAAGUUUUGCACUCAUACUUCACUCUUUGUUGGCGAUGCGGUUGAAGUUUUGCACUCACACUUCACUCUUAUCUACUCAAUGUGAGCCUCAUAACGAAGGAGCAAUUCAAAUUAUCAGUUGAGAUCGAUCAAUAAUAACUUGUGAUGUUGUACAAUAAUACAAAGCAAUGAAUGUCAUAUCAACAUCAACAUAUUUGCAUAUAAAAAAAUAAAAAUAGAAAUCAUUUUUUGCUG